AUGAUACUUGAAAUGGGUAUCAUCUCGGCAAGGAAGGUGGGUUUACUGCUGGCAGUGUUUUGGCUUGGAGCUAUCUGCUAUUUCUGGCUACCCAACCACAUACCAGAUUUUCUCAAUUUAAGAACCAAGUCUCACUCUGACAAAAACUCACUUGAGUCAAGGGUUAACUCCCCACUCAGAGUGACAGGGCUGCUUGAAGAUAGGGCUCCGUUGGGAGAUAAGGGAAAUGUGCCUAGUUCUGGCAAAGUUGUUCAUGUGUGCAUAACCUCCGACAAAAAUACACUGGGGGGUAUGGUCACUCUGAUGAACAGCAUUGUGUCAAACACAAAGUCCCCAGUGAAAUUCCACCUUGUUGUAGACAGUGACAGCACGGAUCACCUCGGCAUCUGGUUGAGGACAUCUAAACUCAAAAAUGCUGAUUUUGAAAUUAAGGCCUUCCCGCUGAGCUGGGUCUCUGGCAAAAUAAAAGUCCGUGGAGGAAGGGAUGAGCUGGGAACGCCACUGAACUACGCUCGCUAUUAUCUGCCAAGACUGUUCCCUAAGCUCAAGGAACGGGUUGUGUUUAUCGAUGAUGACUGCAUAGUGUUAGGGGAUAUUGCCGAGCUGAACAACAUGACAAUAAAACCAGGUCACAUCGCAGCUUUCUCUGAGGACUGCUCCGGGCUGAGCAAGAGACUGAGCAGGUUAACUAAUGUCUACGCAGAAUAUUUGGACUUCAAAAAUGAGCACAUUAAAAAGCUGAACAUAAAACCAGACGCUUGCUCCUUCAACACUGGAGUGUUUGUCACAGACCUAGCCAUAUGGCAACAGCUCAAUAUUACUAGUCAGUUGGACUACUGGAUGGAACUCAACACAAAAGAGGAAGUAUAUGGAAACGAGAAAGGGGGCGGAGGAUCUCAACCACCCAUGAUGAUAGUGUUUUAUAACAAAUAUUCACCCAUUGAUCCUAUGUGGCAUGUCAGAUACCUGGGGUGGACACCUGGCACAAGUUACAGCCAGUCAUUUGUAAGACAGGCCAAACUGCUGCACUGGAACGGAAGGUUCAAACCGUGGGGUCGUACAUCUCAACACAGUGACCUCUGGGACAAAUACUUCAUCCCUGACCCCAUCAAUCAGUUCCGGCCAGUGAGAAGAGCUUAA